AAAAAUUUUUGUCGCGCUUAUUAUUUUUAAUUUUGUUAAAGUGGAAUUAUGCGCAUUUUUCAAGUAAAAAUUCAUCUGAAAUAGAUGUGUGUGUAAAAAGGGUGGAGGAAAUUAUAGCUUUUAGCCCAGUUUACCAAACUCUUCCAGUUACCAGUAAGAAAUAGUUUCCAAAUAUGACUUUUCUUAUAUUGACUAGAACAGUCUUUUUAAGAAAAGUCGAACUGCACGCAGGAGUUGCUUCCCUUCAACUUCAGAAAUCUCUACCUAUAUGUAAGGGAGAUCACUGCCUAGAAGAUUGAAGAAAAGAAUUAUUAUUUUACUAGUCCAAUAUCUUCAUUUCUAAAGAAUCAACUUCAAAUACUUAUGCGGCAUUAUCGUUGAUUUAACACAUUUAAAUGCACAGCAACUGAAAAUUGCUUUUAUAAAAUAUUCACCAAAACACACUAUAUGUGCAGUAAGAUGCGCAUAAUGCCACUUUAAACUAUAAAGUUUUAAAUGAGCUGCGAUGUUAUACUCUUGAUUUAUUUAGAAACUCUAUAUAUUUUAGAUGUACAGUACAGAGGAUCUAGAUUCUCUAUUUAAAUUUUUUAUACUGAGUAGGCUAGCAGAUUUAGCUCUAGAUCGACCGUUAAAGACCCGAGCCCGUGGCAAACACCUACAUAUUUUCACACCUUUGCUUUAUGCUUUUAACAUUGCAUUCAAUUUAUUUACAUAUCUGGAAAUGCCGAAGAGACAAUCCAGGGGCGGACGCCGUAGGGCGGAGACUUCCACUGUGGCCUCACAAGUUCAAACCAGGAGGACACGUAGGCGCACACCCAGAGCCAUUAACAGCCAAUUAACAGCACAGAGUCAUCCGGUUACGACGGAGUAUAACCAAAUCAUGAACUCUCAUUUAAGCAGCUCUAAUCUGGGACAAUUUCACGCUUCAGACACAAUAAAUGCUCAAGACUUUGAACAGUGCUGGAUCUGCUAAUUACCCCACCACUGGUUCCUUUAUAACAGGACUGUCUGGACAAUACCAGAACACCGACACUCGGGUUUCUCCCGGUAUAAGUAGUUCUACAUGCACGGCUUUUGGUGUUUUUCCAGCUAAUCCGGGACAACGCUAUGGUUCAGGACAACUUCAGAACACUAACAUUUCUAGUGGUAAUAUUGGUUCAUUUAUUCCACAAGGACAAUAUACAUUUCCUCCAUUUUCUGGACAUGCUCAAGGACAAUUACAGACCAGCAGCAUUACAAACCCUCUUUCUUCUCCCAGUAUAAGUAGUUCUACAUGUACGGCUUUUGGUGUUUUUCCAGCUAAUCCGGGACAACACUAUGGUUCAGGACAACUUCAGAACAUUUCUAGUGCUAAUAUUGGUUCAUGUAUUCCACAAGGACAAUAUACAUUUCCUCCAUUUUCUCGAUAUGAUCAAGGACAAUUACAGACCAGCAGCAUUACAAACCCUCUUUCUCCUAGUGUUCAGUAUAAUCCGAUUAAUCUGCAGGGAAAUGAACAAUUAUGUUGGACACCCUGCUCUGAUAAACACGGAGAGCAUUCAGGCCAGUACUAGUAACAUCCAACAAGAUUCUCAACAAUACGGUACAGCCUUUCAAGAAGUCGGUGCUUCAAAUGCACAUGCGCCACAACCGAAUGGGCCAUUACACAUGGAUUCGACCCACCUUGUAGUGAACCAAGAUGUCUGUCUGCCACAAUCGUCAGCUGUCCUACCUCCUGACCCUGUUACAGAAGAUACGUUCCAUGUGUGGAUAGUUGGUUCUUCCAUGGUGAGAGAUGCAUUUUACCAUGCAACAGACAAAAAUCUUGGUCUCUCGCAAAUUGGAGGGGUAGUAGAGUGGAAAUUUAAGCCUGGUUUGCGCGAACAUCAACUCUUUCCGCUUAUCCAGGAAAUGUCAACUAAUAAACCACUUCCUUACUUAAUUGUUAUUCAAUGCGGCGGAAAUGGUUUAGGACAAGCUCCGUUGGGUCAUAUUCAGCUUCAAUUAAAACAGUCAGUUGAAUCCAUUCUAAGUAUUUUACCAUCAACAAGAAUUGAUUGGUCCUCAAUUAUACCGAGGCUAUAUUACCGAAACGAAGUUAAUCACGAUAAACUGGAAAAAGACAGAAAAAGAUUAAAUACGGAUCUUUCAAAAUUCUGUAUGCAGUCGGGAGGUGGUUACAUCAGAUAUCUCGAAAUCACGCAUAACCAAGAAUUCUUUUCAGAUGGUGUGCACUUGUCACAUAAAGGCAUAGAAAUUAUUGUGACGAAUAUUCAAAAUGCACUGUUUACUUUUUGUCAGACUGAUAUUUUGUGUUACCCUCAGUAGAUUCAGUGAUACAUUUGUAUGACUCAUUUUUGUCCCGCGCUACUCCGCCUUUCUAAUUUUACAAAUACGUGAAAGAUCUAAUAUGUUUUUGGCGGAGCUUUGACAGUCUGCAUGCUAGAUUGGACUGUCACGCUUUGGCAUACUAGCGCGGUUUUGUAAUGCAACCACAAUAUACAUGGCUGUCAAUUUCAAAAUUAUUCAUGAGUAUUUCUUAACAGAUAAAUUACCAUUGCAAAAUUUAAAACACGAUUUCAAUUAAUUACUUCAGAUUUUCCCGAGUAAAUUCACAACAAGUUCUAUAUUCUGAUAUCAUCCGAUUGUCCGGUGUGUGAGAAGCUGAUAUCAUCCGAUUUUCCGGUGUACAUUUAAAUUACGUCCGAUUGUCCGGCGUAUGAGAAUCUUAUAUCGUCCGAUAUCCGGCGAUAAAAAAUCAUAGUGUCCGAUUAUCCGGCAUGUUAUUAUUCAUUCUAUCUUCCGAUUAUCCGGAGUUAUCGGUCUCUGCCAUAUUGCCCCGGCUUAUGCCAUCUUAGGGGAUCAGCGCAGUACCGGAUGCAAAUUAUUCAGAUUGUGAGAAAGUUUUCUCAGUGUUUUAACGCCAUGCUCGUUGUGGUUGUAAAGUCAGCCAUGACAGAACUAUGCCAAACCUUUUUUAUCUUUAAACUUAAUUGUAUCACAAAAGAAAUUGCAACAUAAUAAAUGUAGUGUAAGUAGAUUGUCUUUGUUUAUAGCCUCUCUUGACAAUCACAUAUAGAUCUAUUUAAAGCCGGUCUUGAAAUGUUUGUCAUUGUCGAGAGGGGAAGACAACUCUAGCGACCUUGUUUAGUAAAGCUAUCAGCAGCGAUUAUCCCCUGCUGACGUAAUGCAAGAAAUACGUCACAGCGUUCUCUUUCGAAGAUUCCAGCAAGGAAUACAGGUCAGAAAAUUUUUUGUCUCGGUUAUUAUUUUUAAUUUUGUUACCCUGCCUCCCUUCCUCAUAUAUUUCUUGUGUCUGCUAUUUUUUCUGUAUAUUUUCAGAAUUUGACGUCAUGUUUCCAUUGGUAAACACGUGUUAGAUCGAUCGUCAUGGCUGACGGGUGGAAGAUACAUGUGCGCAAAAACGUUGCUUUAUGUAUAGACUCACAUAUAAACUGUACAAAUUAGUGUAUUCUGGACAAAGUGUAAAAUACUUUAUUUGCCAGUUCAUGAACGCUUACUUUUCCGAUAGAUCUAAUGUGAAUUCUAAUCUAUGUAACUGUCGUAACUGUAUACAAGCAGACAUUCUGUGCAUGUAACAUAAGAACAACUUUUCCUUACAAGUUAUAAUGAUUUCAUAUAUAAUUAGUAUGUUGUAUGCUUUCUUUCACUACUCAUAGUACCAGUUUACCACUGUUAUAUAAGUACACAAGCUUGUUUUACUUCAUCUUAAGUUGUAUUAACUACACUGUUUUAUACUAAUAAGUCACAUGUUUUUCUUCCACAGAUAAUGAUCAAUACUUGAUAUUUUGUAUUAUGCAUACUAGCGCGGUUUUGUAAUGCAACCACAAUGUACAUGGCUGUCAAUUUCAAAAUUAUUCAUGAGUAUUUCUUAACAGAUAAAUUACCAUUGCAAAAUUUAAAACACGAUUUCAAUUAAUUACUUCAGAUUUUCCCGAGUAAAUUCACAACAAGUUCUAUAUUCUGAUAUCAUCCGAUUGUCCGGUGUGUGAGAAGCUGAUAUCAUCCGAUUUUCCGGUGUACAUUUAAAUUACGUCCGAUUGUCCGGCGUAUGAGAAUCUUAUAUCGUCCGAUAUCCGGCGAUAAAAAAUCAUAGUGUCCGAUUAUCCGGCAUGUUAUUAUUCAUUCUAUCUUCCGAUUAUCCGGAGUUAUCGGUCUCUGCCAUAUUGCCCCGGCUUAUGCCAUCUUAGGGGAUCAGCGCAGUACCGGAUGCAAAUUAUUCAGAUUGUGAGAAAGUUUUCUCAGUGUUUUAACGCCAUCCUCGUUGUGGUUGUAAAGUCAGCCAUGGCAGAACUAUGCCAAACCUUUUUUAUCUUUAAA